AGUCCGUGGAAGUUCCUGCGGCGCUCUGCGGAGGCCGGCGGCUGCGGCCCGUCUGGCUUUGGGGCAGCCUCAGUCUCCUCGGACAGGGUCGUUGUGAGGCGCCUGGCGCGCGGCACAAGCUCGAAAAUGUUGGCUCCCGUAACCCGUGCGCUCUCCGUCCUGCCCGCGAGGAGACAAGCCUCAGACCCUGGUGCAAACCCCCAGGCCGUCCGGCUCCCGAGCCCAUCGGAUGUGGGUUCGAAUGUCGACUCCGCCUGGAGGGUUGUGUUGACUCUGCCCAAACUCAGUUUUCCUAGAUGGACAAUCGGAGGCUAAAGGCAGCGGUUCACUACACUGUUGGCUGUCUUUGUGAGGAAGUUGCGUCGGACAAAGAGAUGCAGUUCAGCAAACAAACCAUUGCAGCGAUUUCGGAGGUGACUUUUCAACAGUGCGAAAAUUUUGCCAAAGACCUUGAAAUGUUUGCAAGACAUGCGAAGAGAAGCACCAUUAACACUGAAGAUGUGAAGCUCUUAGCCAGGAGGAGUAAUUCACUGCUAAAAUACAUCACAGAGAAAAAUGAAGACAUCGCUCAGUUUAACCUGGAACGAAAAGCAAAGAAGAAAAAGAAGUUAGAGGAUGAAAACAAAAAUUCAGUGGAGCCAGCAGAGGCUGGUGUAGUGGAAAGUGAGAAUUAAAGUCUGUCGCCAUUUGGAAAAAGCAGCCUUCAGGUAAAGCCACUAAAAACAUGUAUUGCCAACAAAGGGUUUUGAAAGGAUUAAGUGGAGAUUACCAAAAAAAAAGGCUUGGGGGCUUUUUGUACUGUAUUCUCCAAGUCACUGACUGCAAAAGGUGGUUUAAAAGAGAACUGGAAACUCCUAAGCAAAAUACUCCCAUGUCUUACUGAAGCACAUGAAAAAAGUGUGUUUGAAUGGUAUAUAUUGGAAAUUGUAUCUAUUGCAGUUAAUAAAAUUUUGUUAGCAAUUA